CCAGUUUGCGGGACACGUGACAGAGAGGAGCGCGUUCAUUGGCCGCCAGUCCCAGCGCCGCCAAAUAUGAAAAAGGCUCCGAGUAACCGAUGAUCGUCUCCAGGCCCCGAGCGACACCGACCGCCAGCCGACUGUUUCUUUUUGGUGAGGGCCCCACGUGUGUGUGUGUGCAAUCGGGAAAGAAACAUCAACAGGGUAGCUUCAUAGACCGGCCUAGAUCACGGUGUGUGAUCCCUGCACUCUCAGCUGAACAUGGCACAACGGGUGAGUCUAAUGGAUUAUCAUGGAGGAAACAAGAAGGCAUCUACUGCCCGCGUGCGUGUUGCCGUGCGACUGAGGCCGUACAUGGACAAGGAGGAGGUUAAUGGCAAGCGGUUAUGUGUGCGAGGCUUGGACUCACAAUCUCUUGAAAUUGUAAACUGGAGAAAUCAACUGGAGACCAUGCAUUACCAGUUUGAUGCAUUUUAUGGAAACGACUCUACGCAGAGGGAGGUUUAUACAGGCUCCGUCUAUCCAAUCCUUUCCAAGUUGCUCAUUGGACAGAAUGCGAGCGUCUUUGCAUAUGGACCAACAGGAGCCGGAAAGACUCACACAAUGCAGGGAAGUCCUGGUCAGCCGGGAAUCAUACCACGGGCAGUUAGAGAUCUUCUUCAGAUGGCUCGGGCAGCAAGCAGCACUGCUGACGAUGAAACCUGGACUUACUCCAUAACCAUGUCUUAUGUGGAGAUUUACCAAGAGAAGGUCAUGGAUUUGUUGGAGCCUAAAAACAAGGACCUCCCUAUCAGAGAAGACAAGGACCAUAAAAUUCUGAUUCCUGGAGUCACUCAGAAGACGAUUAACACAUUUGCAGACUUUGACGAGCACUUCAUGCUGGCCAGCCAAAACCGCACUGUCGCAUCUACUAAACUGAACGACCGAUCCAGCCGCAGCCACGCAGUGCUCCUGAUCAAGGUGCAAAAGAACCAGCAGGUGGUUCCAUACAGGCAGCUAACCGGAAAGCUGUACUUGAUUGACCUGGCUGGGUCGGAGGAUAACAGACGCACUGGAAAUCAAGGGAUCCGUCUGAAGGAGAGCGGUGCCAUCAACUCUUCGUUAUUCACCCUUAGUAAGGUCGUUGAUGCUUUGAAUCAGGGACUCCCGCGUAUUCCUUACAGAGACAGCAAGCUCACCAGACUACUGCAGGAUUCCCUGGGAGGUUCGGCUCACAGCGUCAUGAUAACCAACAUUGCUCCAGAAGAGAAGUAUUAUUUUGAUACUCUUACUGCUCUCAACUUUGCUGCUAAAUCCAAACAGAUCAUCAACAAGCCUUUCAGUCAGGAGUCCACACAAGUAACAGUCCAACCCACAAUGAAGAGGCCUCGGGAUGAUGUAGAAGCACCAACCGCUUCUCGCCAGCGAAAGAAAUCCAAAACUGAGGCUAAUGAGGAGUCUCCAAACUCUAGUGCCAAUGCCACCCAGUGUAAACUCAACCUGGCUUCAUUGGACCCAGCUGUGGUGGAGAGACUCUUAAAGUUGGAUAAGAUCUUGACUGAAAAGAGCAUAAAGGAUGCUCAGCUGCUGAGCACGCCCAAGCGGGAACGGAUGGCGUUAUUAAAGAAAUGGGAGGAGAGUCAGGUGGAGAUUGAGAGGCUCAAGGAGAGGCAGAAAGAGUUGGAACAGAAAGCCAUGGUGGCUGAAUCCCGACUGGAGAAAUCGGACAACAGCCUGUCGGAUUGCAGUGUGAACGAAAGCACAUUCAGAGCACCUUUGAGAGGAAGGAACCGGAUCACGUCGACUGCUAAAACAAAGAAGGUUGUCCGUGUCCUGUCCCUGCAGGACCACAACAGACAGCAAAACGCCAUCCUGGAAGAGGGUCUGCCAGUCAUUGAGAAGAAGAAGUCCAAAUGCACUGGGAGUGAGAACGAGCUCGGCUGGGAAGUUAAUAUUCGAACGGAUUUGCUCCAGACCAGCCGAGAGAAAAUACUAAAUCUUCUCAACACUGGCUCCGUGAAAGAACUCAAGUCUCUGCAGAAGAUUGGAGAUAAAAAAUCAAAACUCAUAGUGGGUUGGAGGGAGGUCAAUGGACCCUUUAAAAGUGUGGAAGAUCUAUCUUCUUUAGACGGCAUGUCUGUAAAGCUGGUCUCUUCGUUUAUAAAGGCAAACAUCAUGACCAUGGUGGCAAGUUGAACACACCACGCCAGCACUUUUGCUGACCUUACGGACUCUUAUUCAAUCACUGCUCAGGGGAGGAGAUCCUCAACCCGCCACUCUGGAAAAAUAAAUUAAUCCUCAUUGUGUGGCUAAGAGAUGAAGUGUGAGCAGAUGUGGACUAUUUAAAUAUUUUUUUUUUUUUUUGUUACCACUAUUUUUAUGUUAUAUAUUUUUUUUAUUUUUUUUUUUUUAAACUUAAUGUGUAUAUAUAUAUUACAUACUAUACAGGAUUCUGGCAGGCUCCAUACCAGCACCAGCGAAUUUCCUUUAGCCUAGAUUGCAAACUGGAAAAUAGACCGUGGAGCCUUUUUUUUAUCUUUGUUUUAAUAUUGAGCAGUUUCUUGAAGAGUGAGAAUGAGGCCCGUCAAAGCUUGAAUUCUUAUUCCCGCAAUAUUUUAAAUGUGGCGCCCGUGUAGCAAGUUGUUUGUUUUUUAUGUGCAUGCUUUUAGCUGAAAUCAUACGCCUGCGCAAGCAAAGACCUGUUCGGUAUCUGUCCAGAAGUUGGUUUGAUCUCCUGGCGGCCAGGAAGGGGUUAAUGGCACUAAUUGAGAAUUGCACUGGCACACAACAGGCUGGUCCGUAUACAUUCUCAUAUAUGUCAAUCUAAUCGGAAGUAA